UUGAGAGUUAUGCGUACUUUGUUUGCCUCAGACAGUCAUUAAUAAGUCAGAAUUUAUUUGUGUCUUUAUUCAUAAACAGAAAACCCAAUUGAAAUGAGUUUACCGCCUCUUCUUUUGAAUCGUUUAAAGAAGCGUGGACUUGUAAACAAGCAAAGUGAAUCAACGUCGAUAUCCGAAGCAAUAGAAGAAAUUAUUGCAGAGAACUAUGAUGACGACGAUACAAAUAGCCCUUACGUAUGCAGAGAUGACACUAAAUUGGAAAGCAAACGCAAAAAAAACGACGAACAGUUUUGGUUACACCGUAUUAAAGAACGAAUUGGUGUAACGGAGUCACAUCAUGGUUAUAAACUUUGUCCCAACAAAUACAACGUUUGGCAUAAGUGCUCACUUUAUUGCGUUAAUAGAUGGACAAGCACACAUUCCCAGCCAAGUCAAAAGUAUCUUCGACGUUUUAAAAGAUUACUGCGCAAAUAUCCAAUAGAGACAGGUUGGAAAAAGGUUUAUGAUUCUGGUUGUAAAUCAUUUUACUUUUUCAAUUCUACCUCGCAAAAAGUUUCGUGGUUACCUCCUUCCCACCCUAAAGCUCGUGCUACUCAAUGUGCCGCGAUUUUCAGAAAACAGUUGUGUAACUCCCAUGACGAUUUUAUUUUAGAUUCUAAAACAAAAACUGUUAAUUUAAAUGAAGGUACCGAUACAGAAAAUGCCUUCCCCUUUUCAGUCCACGGAAAUAAUAAGAAGCCUAAAAUGCGUGACUUGGAACGUAAACUUCAACGACGGCAACGAAAGGAUAAUUAAACAUUUUUCGUACCAAAUAAAGAAAUUGUCAAAAGAA